AUGGCGGGCAAAAUGGUACUAUACAAACUGGUGGUGCUGGGGGACGGUGGCGUGGGGAAGACCGCUCUUACUAUCCAACUCUGCUUGCAACACUUCGUCGAGACAUAUGACCCUACUAUUGAGGACUCGUACCGAAAGCAAGCCGUAAUUGACAACCAAGCCUGCAUGCUCGAGGUGUUGGACACGGCGGGGCAGGAAGAGUACACAGCGCUGCGAGACCAGUGGAUCCGAGACGGCGAGGGCUUUAUCCUAGUGUACAGCAUCUCGUCCCGCUCGUCCUUCACGCGCAUCAAGAGGUUCCACCGCCAGAUCCAAAGAGUAAAAGAGUCGACGGCCUCGUCGCCUUCAUACCCAGGGUCACCUAUCUCGGCGGCUAACCCGGCGGCACCCGUGCCAAUCAUGCUUGUGGGGAACAAGAGCGACCGUAUUGCGGAACGCGAGGUAUCUACACAGGAAGGGCACGCUCUGGCGCGCGAGUUGGGAUGCGAGUUUGUCGAGGCGUCGGCCAAGAACUAUAUCAACGUGGACAAGGCCUUUUACGAUGUGGUUAGAAUUCUCCGGAGACAGCGCCAGGCCGCUUCCCAGCCCCUCUCGCCAACCGGCAGCAGCAAGUACGAAUCAAGGAGGGCCGAUUCGACCAUCCAGUCCAAGGAAAGCCGAUACCGACGCACACAAAGCGAGCGCCGCAGGGGGUGUGUCAUAUUAUGA